AGAUUCUCUUUGCAAUAAGCUCUGUACCUUCACCAUCACGCAGAAAGAAUUCAUGAACCAACAUUGGUAUCAUUGUCACACUUGCAAGAUGGUUGAUGGGGUUGGUGUUUGUACGGUUUGUGCUAAAGUUUGUCACAAGGAUCAUGAAAUUUCUUAUGCCAAAUAUGGAUCAUUCUUCUGUGACUGUGGAGCCAAAGAGGAUGGCAGUUGCCUGGCUUUGGUGAAGAGAACUCCCAGCAGCGGCAUGAGCUCUACCAUGAAAGAGUCCGCGUUCCAGAGUGAGCCCAGGGUGCCCGAGAGCGUCAUUCGCCAUUCCAGCACGUCUCCUGCAGAGAAAGCCAAGGUCACCAUCAGUGAGGGGAAGGGUCCCGACGAGGAAAAACCCAAGAAGAGCAGCCUGUGUAGAAAUGUUGAGGGCUGUCGGGAGGAAUUGCAGUCCCAGGCCAACUUCUCCUUUGCUCCUCUGGUGCUGGAGAUGCUGAAUUUCUUAAUGGAUGCCAUUCAGAUCAACUUCCAGCAAGCUUCAGCCAUGGGCAGCAGCAGUCGUGCACAGCAGGCUCUCAACGAGCUACACACUUUGGACAAAACAGUCGAAAUGACCGAUCAGCUAAUGGUCCCGACUCUCGGCUCUCAAGAAGGGGCUUUUGAGAACGUCCGCAUGAACUACAGCGGGGACCAGGGCCAGACGAUCCGGCAGCUGAUCAGCGCGCACGUGCUGCGGCGCGUGGCCAUGUGCGUGCUGUCCUCCCCGCACGGCCGGCGGCAGCAGCGGGGAAGGAUUACAGUUCUCCAGCUCUCUGCAUUGCUGAAACAAGCAGACUCCAGCAAAAGAAAAUUGACCCUUACUCGCCUGGCAUCUGCACCAGUUCCAUUUACUGUCCUGAGCCUGACGGGAAACCCCUGCAAGGAAGACUACCUGGCAGUGUGUGGACUAAAAGACUGCCAUGUGUUAACGUUCAGCAGCUCUGGAUCGGUCUCUGAUCACUUGGUGCUUCAUCCCCAACUAGCCACUGGAAAUUUCAUCAUUAAAGCUGUGUGGCUGCCAGGAUCUCAAACCGAGCUGGCUAUCGUGACUGCAGACUUUGUGAAGAUCUAUGAUCUUUCUGUAGAUGCCUUGAGCCCGACGUUCUAUUUCCUGCUGCCAAGCUCCAAAAUCAGGGAUGUCACAUUCCUCUUCAACGAAGAGGGGAAGAACAUAAUAGUGAUCAUGUCCUCUGCUGGGUACAUUUAUACACAGCUCAUGGAGGAGGCGAGCAGUGCCCAGCAUGGACCGUUCUACGUCACCAAUGUGCUUGAAGUGAACCAUGAAGACCUCAAGGACAGCAACGGCCAGGUAGCAGGAGGUGGUGUGUCUGUGUAUUACUCCCAUGUCCUGCAGAUGCUCUUCUUCAGUUACUGUCAAGGCAAGUCCUUUGCGGCCACCAUCAGCCGAGCCAAUCUGGAGGUCCAGCGGCUCUUCCCAAUUAACAUAAAGAGUUCCAACGGUGGCAGUAAGACCUCACCGGCGCUGUGCCAGUGGUCCGAGGUGAUGAACCACCCUGGCCUGGUGUGCUGUGUCCAGCAAACCACGGGGGUGCCGCUCGUGGUCAUGGUGAAGCCAGACACCUUUCUCAUCCAGGAGAUUAAAACGCUGCCAGCCAAAGCGAAGAUCCAGGACAUGGUGGCCAUCCGCCACACUGCCUGUAACGAGCAGCAGAGGACCACUAUGAUCCUGCUGUGCGAGGACGGCAGCCUGCGGAUCUACAUGGCCAACGUGGAAAAUACCUCCUACUGGCUCCAGCCCUCACUCCAGCCCAGCAGUGUCAUCAGCAUCAUGAAGCCAGUGCGCAAGCGCAAGGCAGCUGCCAUUACAACUCGUACGUCCAGCCAAGUGAACUUCCCUAUUGACUUCUUUGAGCACAACCAGCAGCUCACGGACGUGGAGUUCGGGGGCAAUGACUUGCUGCAGGUUUACAAUGCUCAGCAGAUAAAGCACCGGCUCAAUUCCACUGGCAUGUAUGUGGCCAACACCAAGCCGGGGGGCUUCACCAUCGAAGUGACCAACAACAACAGCACGAUGGUGAUGACGGGCAUGCGCAUCCAGAUCGGCACGCAGGCCAUCGAGCGCGCGCCCUCGUACCUGGAGAUAUUUGGGCGCACCAUGCAGCUCAACUUGACCAGGGCUCGCUGGUUUGACUUCCCCUUCACUCGGGAGGAAGCCCUGCAGGCUGACAAGAAGCUCACUGUCUUCAUUGGGGCUUCUGUGGAUCCAGCUGGAGUCACCAUGAUUGAUUCCGUAAAGAUUUACGGCAAAACCAAAGAGCAGUUUGGGUGGCCUGACGAGCCCCCUGAGGAUUUUCCAUCUGCUUCCGUGAGCAAUGUUUGUCCCCCAAACCUGAACCAAGGGAACGGUACUGGAGAGACGGAGACAACUGCCCCCGCUGCGGCCAGCGGCACCGUUCUGGAGAGUUCAGAAACUGAGUCCCUAACCACCCUGGACCGGCUAGUAGUGAGUUCUUUAGAAGCUCUGGAAAGCUGCUUUGCUGUAGGACCAGUCAACGAGAAGGAGAAGAAUAAGGUGGCAGCUCAGGAACUGGCUACCAUGCUGCUGUCCAUGCCAGCUCCUUCCAGUGUCCAGCAGCAAACCAAGAGCCUCUUGGCUAGCCUGCACACCAGCCGCUCAGCGUACCAUAACCACAAGGAUCAAGCAUUGCUCAGUAAAGCCAUUCAGUACUUGAGCUCCUCAACUAAAGAAGGGAAGGAUCUUGAUCCUGAGGUGUUCCAGAGGUUGGUCAUCACUGCUCGAUCCAUUGCUAUUAUGAGACCCAACAAUCUCGUUCAUUAUACGGAGUCAAAGCUGCCACAAUUGGAAUCAGAGAGUGAAGAAGGACAAGAGACCCAGAAACAAGCUGAAGGAGAAGGGUGCACUUUUAUUACCCAGCUGGUCAACCACUUCUGGAAACUACAUGCAUCAAAACCCAAAAAUGCCUUCCUUGCUCCUGCCUGCUUGCCAGGUCUGACUCAUGUUGAGGCCACGGUCAACGCUCUGGUGGAUAUUAUUCAUGGAUACUGCACAUGUGAACUGGACUGUAUCCACACAGCAUCCAAGAUCUACAUGCAGAUGUUACUUUGCCCUGAUCCUGCAGUGAGCUUUUCUUGCAAACAAGCUUUGAUCAGAGUGCUGAGGCCAAGGAACAAGCGGAGACACGUGACUCUGCCAUCUUCCCCUCGGAGCAAUACUCCCAUGGGUGUGUAAGAUGACGACGACGAUGCCGA